CCUCACACACCGCGCCACCACCAUGCGUACUGACGUUGUUGUUGUUGAGCUCCGGUUGUUAUGGCUGAGGAGAGAGGCCUCGGAAUAGACUAGAGUGCGGAGGAUCCCCGCCGGACCUCCCGGACCCUCGGACCCCCUCGGCUCGGCUCCCCGGGACCUCGGCCGUCGCCAUGGACGGCAUGGACAUGGACGUGGACGCGGAGCUCAUGCAGCGUUUCAGCUGCAUGGGCACCACGGACAAGGACGUCCUCAUCUCCGAGUUCCAGAGGCUGCUGGGCUUCCAGCUGAACCCGGCCGGCUGCGCUUUCUUCCUGGACAUGACCAACUGGAACCUGCAGGCUGCGAUCGGUGCGUACUACGACUUUGAGAGCCCCAACGUCAACGCCCCGGCCAUGUCCUUCGUGGAGGACGUGACGAUCGGGGAGGGGGAGUCCGUCCCCCCAGACACAGCGUUCACUAAGACCUGGAGGAUACAGAACACGGGCGCUGAGUCGUGGCCGCCUGGUGUGUGUCUGAAGUACAUCGGCGGGGACCAGUUUGGCCACGUCAACAUGGUGCUGGUCAGGUCCCUGGAACCCCAGGAGACGUUUGACGUCAGCGUGCAGAUGCACAGCCCCGCCGCCCCGGGCAUGUACCAGGGCCAGUGGAGGAUGUGCAACGCCACCGGACUCUUCUACGGAGACGUGAUCUGGGUGAUCCUGAGCGUGGAGGUUGGCGGUCUGCUGGGCGUGACGCAGCAGCUGUCCUCCUUCGAGACGGAGUUCAACACGCAGCCACAGCGCCAACCGCAGGGCGACUUCAACCCCUUCGCCUCGCCGCAGAAGAACAAGCACCACCACCACCACCACCACCACCACCACCACCAACAGGACGGGGGCGGCGGUGGGGGCGUGGAGAGGACGGGGCUGAAGGACGGCGGGGGCGGGGGCGGGGGCGGGGGGGGCCCCUGGGAGACGGGGCCGGGGCCCCUCGGGACGGAGCCCAACGGGGUGGACCUUCAGAGCAGCCGGUCCCCGGGAGUCACCUACGGACAGGGCGUCGGCGGGCCCUUCCCCUCCGGACAGAGCUAGGAGCACGGGGGCCCCCAAACAGGGCGGGGGGCCCGGAGGAAGAGGAGGGGUGUUGCGAGCGGAGGAGGAGGAGGAGGAAGAGGAGGAGGAGGAGCGUGUUGACCCGAGGCAGGGUGAAGGGACAGUUGUCCUCUAUUGACUCUGUGACAACACCCAGCCCUGCCGGGACCCCUAAGAGCCCCCCCGGGGCCCCCCAAACAGAGACACGAGCCACGGCUACACAGUCACCCAGACCUCCUCCGCGGACGCCUGCUUUAUUUUAGGGGGGGGGUUGAACCCCAAGGGGGAGACGUUCUUUAUGUUUCCGCGGUGGGGUAUGAAGUUUAAAAUAUCCCAAACGCGACCGUCGACGCCUCCGAGACGGCACCGGCCGUCCGAAGAAUGGACCUUCCUGAUUGGCUGCGGUGUGCCUGGUGGUGAGCUGUGAUUGGUGCUGUCUAUGGGGAGCGGUGUGAUUGGCGGUUCAGAGGGGAUGGUGGUGGGUUUGACACGCAUCAUCAAACCAAAGGUUGACUCGAGGUGGAAAUGAAUGAGUGAGUGAAUGAAUGAAUGAAGCCGCGGCGAAGGCGAGAUGUUUACGGACCGUGCCGCCCGUUGAGGUACGGUCAGUGCUGUGACGUCAUCAGGCAGUGGAUGACAUCACACCGUCACAUCCCAGCGUGGUUCAUCACCAGAAGCUGAUUGAUGAUGGUUUUUACCGGGUUUUCGUUUGGCGUUAGAUAAGUGUGUGUGUGUGUGUGUGUGUGUGUGUGUGUGUGUGUGUGUGUGUGUGUGUGUGUGUGUGUGUGUGUGUGUGUGUGUGUGUGUGUGUGUGUGUGUGUGUGUGUGUGGAAGCUGGGGGGACUGGUAGGUUAAAACAAAGCCAUCUAAAUCUAUUUUGCCGGGGUUCAGAUUUCAAGUGGGUGAAUCGCUGUCUUAAGUCUAUUAAAUGCGUGCGGGUAUGGACUUGUUAAGUAUGAGUCAUGUAUUGUUUUUGGGCUUAACUGACAAAACGGUGUGUGCUUAAUUCACAAAUGUUGUAUCUGUUAAGAAAAAUGUGUUACAUUUAAGAGAGAUUCAAUGGGCAUGUAUGUUGUCAGUAUUGUUCAGUAAUUUGUCACUAAGUCAUUCCCCCAGAGUUAAUUUAUUAUACCCUUCACUUAAAAAAAUACAAAUAUCCACACAGCCAGCAGGUGGUGCUAUUAUUCAAGUCACGUGUCAAUCAGAGGUCAGAGAGAAAAUAAUGCAAAUUUUUUUUUUGGCCUGUUUGUCUAAGUAGAAAAUAUGAGGCUUUUUAAUCACAAACUUUAGAACUGCUACUGCUAUUUGCACAACGCUGUAUGUCACCUGUGAUGGUAAUCACUGGUGCUGUGUGUGUGUGUGUGUGUGUGUGUGUGUGUGUGUGUGUGUGUGUGUGUGUGUGUGUGUGUGUGUGUGUGUGUGUGUGUGUGUGCGCGCGCAUGCGCGCGCGCGCUGGGGACGGGUAUGUUGCACGCAUGGUUCAGACAGCUCUUCUAGUCAUAAGUCCAGGACUACCCUGGAUGACUUUACUCCUGGACUUUUGACUCUAAGUUGCCGAAGAAUAUAUUGAUUGUCUUAUCUUCACCAAAAACGUUUCCAAAUAUUAGAUUUUUUCUUCUGUGUGGCCUGUGGGUAGUGAAGGUUUUAGAAGGAGGUCCGAGUCCAGGCACUUGCCUAAACUCCACGUCUCCAUGGGAAAUGCCGGUUGGCUUGUGGGUUGCUGGUGAGAUCCCCACCAGUGAGUGAACCGAUCCCACACCUCAGCCCACACUGUCCGUGCACGUCUUUGUAAUGCACAGCAACGUAAGCUGAUCCGAUUUGCAUAUCUUCGUCGAUGGGCCGCUUUGAAGAUCAGCCUAGCGAGCGCCGGUCUUCGUCGGAUGGGCUUGUGAUCACAGGGGUUCACAGAUGUUCACCACCCCCACCCCCGCUCCCACAUGACCCCCCAGGGAAAUAACGGAACGAGAAAACUAAUCCGCGGCCCUGCCUAGUUUUUUGUUUUUGUUUUUUAUUUGCAUUAAUUAUGGAGUUUUCCUUU